AUGGUUGAUCUCAACAUGAUGCUUAAACGCGGCAAGAUUGCCGGCGCCAAAGCCAUCGACAACCUCAUGUUCCACCACCACCACCACCACAACAACAACAACCGCCAGGUCUCAACUUCUUCCACGGCGGCCAAUGAGUACGAGUUCAGCUGCAGCAACACCCCGAACUACACCUUCCCUUUCAACCUCAACGCCAAGAAGAAGAACAGCAUUAACAACUACUAUCACCAUUUCUUCGCCUGCACCCACGCGCCUCCUACCCUUGACGACGACAUGGCCACCAUGAACGCCGUUAAGGCUGCCUUGGAGAUGCUCAACAAGAACGACAGCUACAACAACGUGGUCCCCUCCUCUCCUAUGUUGCCAGGAUUCGGACGCACUCCGUUGGCGAGGCAACUCAGAAUAACGGACUCGCCUUUCCUUUAA